AAUCUCGGGAAGAAGACAUCCUGAGGAGAUUCCUGUCACAGCGGUAGGGGCGGAGCUAGGAGACAUUUCCUGUCAGGCAGACACUGAGGUGGAAGAGAUCGUGUUGGAGGAUGGCGUCGCGCACCUUCCGGCAAGCUUUUGUCAACAUUUCCGACCUGCACCCUAAUCUCUCUCGCCCAAGCAUAAUGGGCAUUGUAAUUGGGAAAACAGAUGUCAAAGGAUUUCCAGACCGAAAAAAUUUUGGAUCUGAAAGGUUUACAUUCAGUUUCACCAUUCGAGAUUCUCCAUCAGCCUUCAUCAAUGCCUCGUCUUGGGGUAGAGAGGACUAUAUUAAAUCUCUUUCCGAAAGUUUCCGGGUUGGUGACUGUGUUAUGAUUGAAAAUCCUCUUGUGCAAACAAAGGACCUGGAGAAAGAAGAAAAAUUUAAUCCUUCAACACCAGCUUCUUACAAACUGCUUAUCAGUGAAGUGCAUUCUAUGGUGAAGGUAUGUUCUACCAGAGAUACCGAUGGCUCCCUGCUGCCAUUACUGCAUAUCCCAACUCAGCACCCAAAUGAUUAUUAUUCACUGGAGGACAUUGUUGCUAAUGGACAAAGCCUGAAUAAGGAAGUUAUUAACAUUCUGGCAGCUGUAAGACAGGUUGGAGAUGUAAAAUCGUUUACCACUUCUGACAAAAGAGCAGGUCGGAGGUGUGAAGUCAAGCUGUUUGACUACUCAGUUGAUUCAUUUGCAAUGAUAUGCUGGGAUAAUGAAUCCAUUAAGCAGGCACAAAGCUGGACGCCAAGAGAAACAGUUUUAUUUGCAUCAGAGGUACGCGUAAAUUAUGACUCAUUUCGAAAUUCAAUGGUUGCAACUGUGGUGUCGAAAACCAUCUUCACUCCCAAUCCAGAUAUGCCACAAGCACAUGAGUUAUUGAACUAUGCCAGAGAAUGUGCUGAGAACGAAGCCUUUGUGGAAGCCAGUGAGGAGACGGCAGCAGAGUCGGUAAAUUUGGAGACGAUCAAAGAUGUAUACACAGUGCAGCAGAUAAUGGAUAUGGCUUCAUCUGCUGCAGAUAAGAGGAAUCCUCUGUAUGGCAUUGUGUUUGCGUUUAUCUCCUUGCUGAAUGUUGAUGACAACGUUACCAAAAUUGUUCGAACUAGAUGCUCCCGUUGCCGUUACUUCAUCAAGGAUCCAUCAGAAGGAUGCAACCACGCCUUCUGCAACGAGAUGUCCCAGGACCCUAAAUCUGCCCUCCCUAGUCUGGAUCUGCAGAUGAACAUCAGCGAUCACACCGGGACUCUGUCUUGUAACCUAUCAGACAAGGUGGCCGAGGAUACAUUAUCAUGCACGGUAGAUGGAUUUUUCAAUUUAACAGAAGACCAGAAGACAUCGCUGAAAUGGAAUUUUGUGCUGGAGCGCUUCAAGAUCUAUGUGAAGGUUACCUGGUCUCCAAAAGCCAAAAACGGCCUGCGUGUCAACAUCUUGUCCUGCAAGAGAGCAGAUCCUACUGAAGCACUAAAGUAUAUCCAAUGCCCAGGAAAUCGCUAAAGAUUUCACUGCCUCUCACAUCUCUGUACAGUUUACAGAAGUGUCAGUACUGUUCUGUUUACACAGAUUAAUAAGACAUACAAUAGAUCAUAGCGGGGAAAAAAGGUUUUUUCAAAGUUUGUUUCUUGAAUCUGUGUUUAUUAUAAUGCCAUGUUAUAUCCAAACUGAGGUUUUACAGUAACCCUAAAUGUCAUUCUCCAAUAAAAGACAUUCAAAUGUAUUGGUAAAUGUAUUUCUGUGAUCUAGCUGUAUUUUGCUGUAACAAUGAUAAUUAGCAAGAAGCAACAUUUUAUAAAGCAAAACCUAACAU